UUACAGCACUUUCAGAUGCAAGCCUUCACAUGUUGAACUAGAGGAAAGUACAAAGAGAAAGUCUUCGUUCUGAAUGGAAAGGGAAAAAAGAAGAAGGCAGGUGAAAGGAACUAAAAACAAAUUUUGGAGAAAAAACAUGAAGGUAGAUAACGGCGUCACAGAGCUGGAUUCCUCCCGGGGGAAAGCUGAAAAUCUGCAAAAUGACGAACCAGUUAGGAACUCAGAGCAUCAGAUCCAGGACCCGGUGCUGGUGUGGGUCCCCAGCGGGAGGCGUCUGAUCUCGGGUCUGCUGGGUCUGAAUGUGAUUCUGUUGGGAGCUGCCCUGGUGGCUGGACAGGUUUUCAACCCCGAGGGCCUGAAGCACCAGGAGCCCCUGGUGUUCAUGCUGUUGCUGAUUGGGGUCAGUGUGCUGUGGAUGCUGUGGUACCUUAUGUGGGCCAGUAAACAGCCCGGCAUCUGCCCACAUAAGGACCACCAUGCUGGGGGAAUCACUGUCACCGUGGUGCUCAUGCUGUUUGCUGCAUUCAGUCUGCUGUUGUAUAUCUUCAGGGUUGGUUAUUUGAUCAGCAUGAGGGAGUGUAAGCCUGCUACUAAAGUGCUCUCUCCAUUCAUCGAGGCUCCUUUCCUCGUGCUGCAGACGUAUCUACUGUGGGCUCACUCCAAAGACUGCAUUCACAGACACAAGAUCAUCACCAGGUCGGGGCUGAUGGUGAUUCUCGCGGCUGACCUGCUGCUGUGGCUCAACGCGGUGACGGAGGACACCAUCCACGAGGAGAUCGAGUUAGAAAAAGAAGACAGGCUGGACUUCAGCAACAUAAACUCAUCUGAAGCAGAUACCUCAGCUUUAGCAGGACUUGCAAAUUCCACCUUGUGCCAGUGCAGUGCGAGUGCAGCCUGCCUCAUCUUCAGGAAAGGCUUCGAGAUCCUCUACCCCUUCAACAUGGAGUACUACCUGAUGGCAGGCUGCAUGAUCUACGUCAUGUGGAAGAACGUGGGCCGCAGGAUGAGUCCUGGUCCCCACCAUGUCUCCCAGAAGCUCACCUUUCAUGUUGUCUACCAAGGAGGGGUCAUAUACGGGCUGGUAUUCGGAGCCCUGGUGCUCGCAGCUGGAGUUGUCAUCUUCAUUCUCUACCAGGUCUGGGUGGGGCAGCAGCAGCUCCGCCUCACCGCCUUCCUCAUGUUUUAUGGGUAUCACCUAGCAGUCAUGCCUGUUAUGUCUCUGUGCACCCUGGCCGGGAUGCUGGUGUACAGGCUGGAGAGGAGGGCCAACGAAGGGGGGCACAACCCCACCCGCAGCCUGGAUGUGCUCCUCCUGGUGGCGGCAGCUAUGGGUCAGCUAGCCCUGUCCUACUUCUCCCUGGUGGCGGCGCUAGCUGUGGGAACCCAGGGGCUUCUGGGGGACCUCGACCUGUCCUACUCUCUCCUCAGUCUGCUGGAGCUCAUCCUCCAGAACAUCUUCAUCAUCGAAGGCCUGCACAGGCACCCCAAACUCUUCGCCAAGAGGAAGGAGAAGCAGCGGAGCAGCAUCUUCAAACCUAAGAAAAAAGUUGCUGCUCAAAAGCCAGUGGAGGGGAAGACGGAUGUUUCGCUGCUGGAGGGGAACACCAUAGCGGCUGCUCAACAGCAUGAUGGGAAGAAGCCCUGGACCAAAAGAGCGAUACAAGAAAUAUGUGCCUUCCUCAUCCUUUCUAAUGUGAUGCUUUGGGUCAUCCCUGCGUUUGGAGUCCACCCCCAGUUUGAGAACGGCCUGGGGAAACAGUUUUUCGGCUUCUCUGUGUGGUUCGUUUUGGUGAACCUGGGUCAGCCGCUCAGCGUCUUCUACAGGAUGCACUCAGUGGGGGCUCUGAUGGAGCUGCUCAUCUCUGCGUGACCUGCAGCAGAGGCAUAACUCUACUACAUGACUGAUAUAGCAGGAAAUAUGAAAAUGUUUAGUGGAAAAACCACAUGACACUCACUUAUGAGUUGGUUUAUAUAUUAAAUGGGAGUUUGGAAAAGAGUUUGAGGACAUCUUUUUAUAGUUUUGGUCUGAGACUGUUUUUUUAUGUUUUUUCCUUUUAGUUCCAAUAGUCCUUAAACUGCCUGCUUAAGACAUUUUCAAGUUGACAUACCAUGCUUCAGUAAACUCUUGAAUAGGGAAGCUUUUAGGUGUCUUAAGAUGGGUGGUUGCUAACAAUUUCCUAAAUCAGACUACAGAGGUUCUUUAGGGACAUUGAACAUCAUCGCUAGUCCAAUUUAUCAGCUUUGUUGUGUUUGUACUGGCGCUCCUGGAAACUAUCCUAAGUUAUGUUUGAUUGUCGUGAAAUGCAAUUACAAGUUGCAAGCUUAGUGGUAGUACUGUUGAAGUUAUGUGACAGGGGUGCAAGUUGUACAUUGCCUAAGUUUAAUCCUUAGUUUUUAACUUCCAGGCCAAUUCCCUUUGUACAUCUACAAGUACUUAAGUAGUGUCCAAUGGUAAGCUCUCAUUGGAUUUUUGUUGAAGGAACAAAUGGGACUCACUUUCGAGUUGGCAGAUGAAAAUACGUCAUCCCUGCAGCACUUAAAUAAAAGGACAUUAAAAAGGUUCAGCAAACAUUCGUAUCUGCUUGGAGAACUGAGAUUUUCCAACUGUCAACAGUUUGUGUUUGUCCCUUUCCUGCUUCAAUGUGAACGUGCCCACACGCACAAACCCAGCUCUGUAAAGACAUUUCUGCUAGUCUGGAAAAGUAAAUAAAAAAUGUUAAACACA